CGAGCUAGAGAGAUUAGCCAAGAAGAUAAAACCCGUCUAAAAACCCCCCGAAUCCUCAAAACCCUAGGAGGAGAGCACGGUAGAUCCCCCAUUUCCCUCCUCAUCUCCGACGCGCAUUUCCCCCAAAAGAGGGGAGCAAAUGGCGUCGGCGGCGUGCUCCUCGUCGGCUUCCGCCCUCGUCCGCCUCACCGGCCCGAUCCAUCUGUGCAGCGCCCCGCCCCGUGGGUCCGCGCGGCGGCGCCACGCUUCCGUGCGGUGCUCGUUCGCGCCGGUGGAGACGGCGAGGAUAAAGGUCGUGGGCGUCGGCGGCGGCGGGAACAACGCUGUCAACCGCAUGAUCGGCAGCGGCCUCCAGGGCAUCGAAUUUUAUGCCAUAAACACAGAUUCCCAGGCGCUUUUGAAUUCGCAAGCGCAAUACCCGCUACAAAUUGGAGAGCAGUUAACUCGUGGACUAGGUACUGGUGGAAAUCCUAAUUUGGGAGAGCAAGCUGCUGAGGAAUCAAAAGAAGCCAUAGCCAAUGCCCUGAAGGAUUCUGACCUUGUCUUCAUAACGGCUGGAAUGGGAGGGGGUACUGGAUCUGGUGCUGCUCCAGUUGUUGCUCAGAUAUCAAAGGAAGCCGGUUAUCUCACCGUUGGAGUUGUUACCUAUCCAUUCAGUUUUGAAGGACGCAAGCGCUCUCUUCAGGCGUUGGAAGCAUUAGAGAAGCUGGAAAGGAGUGUAGACACACUUAUUGUUAUUCCAAAUGAUCGAUUAUUAGAUGUUGUUGAUGAAAACACGCCCUUGCAAGAUGCGUUUCUUCUUGCAGAUGAUGUUCUUCGUCAAGGUGUCCAAGGAAUAUCAGAUAUUAUUACAAUACCUGGACUUGUCAAUGUUGAUUUUGCUGAUGUGAAAGCUGUUAUGAAAAACUCUGGAACUGCAAUGCUUGGUGUUGGUGUUUCUUCCAGCAAAAAUCGGGCCCAAGAAGCUGCAGAGCAGGCAACACUUGCUCCUUUAAUCGGGUCGUCUAUUGAGGCGGCUACUGGUGUUGUGUACAAUAUCACUGGUGGAAAGGACAUAACCUUGCAAGAAGUAAACAAAGUCUCUCAGAUUGUGACAAGCUUGGCCGAUCCUUCUGCAAAUAUAAUUUUCGGGGCUGUUGUUGAUGACCGGUACACUGGUGAGAUUCAUGUGACGAUCAUUGCCACAGGGUUUCCACAAUCCUUUCAGAAGUCCCUUUUGGCCGAUCCCAAGGGUGCAAGAAUAAUGGAGGCCAAAGAAAAGGCAGCGAACCUCACCUAUAAAGCAGUGGCAGCGGCGACGGUACAACCAGCGCCCGCCGCCACUUGGUCUCGGAGGCUCUUUUCCUGAACACGGUUCAAUAGGAAAACUAGUAGUUUGUGUACCUUAGAUUCUCAUGGAAUUACUGAGUUGGCGCUCCAAUCAGGCUUCUAUGUGUUAUUCUUUUUGGAUAUGUAAACACUUAACAGUUACACAUAGUGAUUAGCUUCACUUUUAUUGUAUGUAUCAUCUAGAUGAGGUUGAGGUCUUCAGGAGUUCAGCAGCCGUCACGAAUUUUUAUUGUAUGUUCAAGACGACACUUGGUAGUUGUUCGUUGUAGGCGCGACUUGCUGGCCAAAUCUAUUGAGUUGUAGAUGUGGAUGAA